CCGCCUGAAAGACACAAACAAGCUUUGUGUGCAACCUUUGCCAAGUGCCAAGUUCGCUUGCCGCCUUCCCGCCACUUGGCAUAAGCCUCGUGUCCAGGCCCUCGACCUCGAUCUCAACGCGGCUUAUAUCCGGCGGCAUCAACGCUGAGGGCGAGACGCUACCUGUAUGCUACUUGACGAUACGUUGGUCAGCGUGAAGUCACUUCAUGGUUGGCUCCACGCCUGAGCGCGUUUCCUGUUCGUCGACCCUCCUCCGGACUCUCUCCGUCGAAUCCACAGUGGACCAUCCACGAACACCUGUGACUACGACUCCAGUCUUAUUAGCACCAUCUUUUCGAGCGCCCUCUGGCCUCUCUUAAGCACGCUGCGCUGCAUCUCGAAAUGUGGGACGUGCCGCGCUAGAAGUUGCCUGUUUGGCGUCACCGUCCAGUGUCGACCAUGAUGUCACAGUUUUGAGCGACUGCACGUUUGAGGCACCGUGGCCAUGGCGGGGACGGCGCCGCGGCAGCUUGCUUCGAGUCAACCGUCAUGGCGGCCGAGAGCGAUAUCCCUCGGUUUCCGUCCGAAGCUCUCUUGGGCAUUGAUAUACCAGAUCUCUCCCAACAAUUGCUCAUCUUUGGUCCAUCUCUGCUCUUUCCGAACCACACAGAGUUUAGCCCGCCCAAGGUAGUCGACACGCUCAGCCCCCUACCCUUUCGCCAUUACUUCUACCUGCGCUGUCAUAAACGGGUGGACGGCAACAAACCCAUCCUCUUUCCUUCCUCCCCUUCCUCACCAUCCACCAUUUUCAUUGUACGCCAGCGCAUGAAACCGGCCCAUCAUGCCUCAGACACGCUUUGCCGAGGAACCGCCACAGGUUAUCAACGACGCCGAUCUCCAGGUCGCCAACGAGAAGCUCGAGCCCCAAAACGACGGGACCCUCAACGGCGACGCUAGCACCAACGAGCAAACAUCCCCUAAGGAGCCUGAACGCGACGUCAAUCACUUGGACCGCCAAGCCGAUGGUCUCGCCAACGCCAAUGGCGCCAAGCUGGAGAAGCUUGGAACAUACGACAAGUACGAGAUCACCGAGGACGACUGCUACGAUGAGCUCGGCUUCUCCUUUCCCAAGUGGAAAAAGUGGUACAUCCUCACCGUAAUCUUCUGGGUUCAGGUGUCGAUGAAUUUCAAUACCUCGCUUUACUCGAACGCCAUCGCCGGUAUCUCGGACGAAUUCAGUGUCAGCGCUCAGGCUGGCCGCUGCGGCGCCAUGAUUUUCCUCGUCCUCUACGCCUUCGGCUGCGAACUAUGGGCCCCGUGGUCUGAGGAGUUCGGUCGCUGGCCGGUGCUCCAGCUCUCGCUGCUGCUCGUCAACAUCUGGCAGCUUCCCGUCGCCCUGGCGCCCAACUUCGCCUCCAUCAUGGUCGGCCGCGCCCUGGGCGGUCUGUCGUCUGCCGGUGGCUCCGUCACCCUCGGUAUGAUUGCUGACAUGUUCGAGUCCGACAACCAGCAAUACGCUGUUGCCUAUGUCGUUUUCUCCUCGGUCGGCGGAUCUGUCCUCGGCCCUAUCGUGGGCGGCUUCACCGAGGCGUACUUACACUGGAGAUGGUCCAUCUGGGUUCAACUCAUUUUUGGAGUUGCUGUACAGGCACUCCACUUCUUCACCGUCCCCGAGACGCGCACUACCAUCAUGAUGAACCGCAUCGCCAAGCGUCGCAGAAAGGAGGGCAACCCCAACAUAUGGGGCCCCGACGAGCUCGUCCCCUUCAAGGAUCGCUUCUCCGCCAAGGAGAUCCUGUCCACUUGGGUUCGCCCCUUCAAGAUGUUCCUCACCGAGCCCAUCGUGCUCGUGCUGUCGCUUCUCUCCGGCUUCUCCGACGCCCUCAUUUUUAUGUUCAUCCAGUCCUUCGUCCUCGUCUACGGACAGUGGAAUUUCACCACCGUCCAGGUCGGUCUUGCUUUCAUCCCUAUCGGCAUUGGGUACGUCCUUGCCUGGCUCCUCUUCAUCCCGGCCAUCAAGCGAAACAUCAAGGAGCGCCGGGCCAAGCCCAACGACGACAGAGCCCAGUACGAGUCCCGUCUCUGGUUCCUGUUGUACACCGCACCCUGCCUACCAAUCGGCUUGAUCGGUUUCGCCUGGACCAUCCAAGGCCCGCCCAUCCACUGGAUUGGCUCCAUGGUAUUUGCAGCCAUCGUCGGCAUCGCCAAUUAUGCAAUCUACAUGGCCACUAUCGACUACAUGAUCUGCGCGUACGGACCUUACUCCGCCUCGGCGACCGGGGGUAACGGCUGGGCCCGCGACUUCCUCGCUGGUGUCCUCACCGUCCCCGCGACCCCCUUCUUUACCAACAUUGGAGCCGACAGCGGGAAGAACCUGGAGUACGCCUGUACGAUUCUCUUCUGCAUCUCUUUCGUCCUUGUUGUCGCAGUCUACGUCAUCUACUGGAAAGGUCCUGCCCUGCGUGCUCGCUCGCCAUUCGCGCAGAAGCUGGCUGGCGCGAGAGAUGAUGUCGGCGGUCGUCGCGUGAGCUACGCUCCUGGAGACAGACAAGCCACUGCUGCUUCUGGAAACGACCAGCCCGACCGUCCGGUCUACCAACGUUCAUACAGUCAGCAGUCCCGUUUCUUCGGCGAGAACCGUGUUACGCCCCGCGGCACACCCAGAGGUACACCGUCGGCUAGCAGAGCCAACAGCUUUAUUGGCACCGGGCGUUUGGCGGCCAAGUAAUCAUUUUUGUUCUAGCUCUAGGCUUGAGAAUUCUGUGAUUGCGAUUUGUCUUUACAUCCCUGAUACCCUACAAAGAGUCAAUUAUAGUUAGACAUAGUCCUAAUGCAGUAAUAGUGUAAAUGGUAUU